CAGGAAGUUCGGGAUAUUUCGGGAGGCAUUGAGUUACGAGUGCGAAUUUAUUUGGCGGUAGCACUUGUCCACAAUUCGCUAUUUCGAACGAGACACCUGAUGGAAAUGGAAGUCAUCUGUAUUUCAUCCGAUGACGAAUCAGACUCGCAAAAGGAAAACAAAACGGAUAAAGUUCUAAUGAAAUCUGAGAUUAGUAACGGAGCCAUUGCUCAUGAAGAAACAGAAAUUUUACUCAAUGUUAAUGAGAAAAUUGAAGAGAAGAAUUUAAAACGAAAAAUAAUGUAUACAAAGAAAGAAAUAAAUUGUAUUGAAGAAAAAAGGAAAAAGUUAGAUGUUCAUCAGGAUAAAGUGGAAAGUAAAUCUGAUAUAUGUUCUGUAGAUGUUUUACCUGAGAUAUAUCUUGUUGAAUCUAAUUGUAAUGAACAGCCAAAUAAAGACCAGGAAAUAAAGACACAAUUGAUUGUGAAGGAAAAGAAAAAGAUAUCGUAUAUCUCACAGGACGUUUUUCCCCUAUUUAUAAGUUUAUGUCUACAAAAAUGUCCAAAACAGGAUAAAUCGGAAAUGGCCAUUAUUGUUGAUAAGUUAAAAAGACGUUAUGAAAAUUUAGAUCUAAUUUAUGCUAGAUCAAAUAAUUUUGUUACAUUUUUAAAUGAAAAACGCAAAGCUAUUACGAAUAACAACAAAAAAAUAUACAUACACAUACAGGAAGUGAUGAAUGAGAUGAAGAAAAGGACUAAAAAGAAAUCUCAAAUUAAUGAGAUCUACGAUGCAGUUCCUUCUACUUCCUAUGCUACGAGCAAUGUACCUAUUAAUGCAGUAGAAUCAGAUAAUGAUAACGAUAGUGAGGAUGAAGAUAACGAAGAGAACCUUGAAACAAGAAGAAAAGUUAAGGAAAUAUUGCACGCUAUGAAAAGAUGUGACACAAUUAUUAAGAAGCUCGAUGAAGAAGAAGUUGAUUUUGAUGAGGAAAAUAAUAGUAAUUAUAUGAAAGUCGAAAAGUAUAAACAGAAAAUGACACAACUAUAUGAUAAACUUUGUGAGCUAACAGGAGAAAAUGCUGAUGCAGGACGUACAUAUUUGCGUCCUAAACAUUUAAAUGUAACUCGGAUUGUUGCUGUGGAUCAAGCAAUAACGAAUUUUAUUAAUUGUAAAAUUACUCAACGAAAUCGGUUGAAAAAAAAAGGAAAUCUUACAGAUAAUUUAAUAUUCCCUGAUUACAGUGACAUCUUGGAAUGCGUCAAUAGAUGUAAUGAAAAAAAAAAAUUAGGUUUAAAACAAAAAAAGCGAGAACGAAUAGCAGAGAAAGCUUUCAAAGAACUUGGAGAAUACUUGCAACGCUCGAGGCGUAAUGAUUAUUGGGAUACUUUUUCUUUGUAUCUUGAAAAUUCAGAAGAUCCAGCUACAAAAGAUAAAAAUUUAGCUAAAAAACUUGCUGACAAUCGUAUCGAGAGUGAAAAACGAUUAGCUGCAGUAUUUGAAAAAUAUACAAAAAAACAAAUGGAACUAAGAGACCAAAAUAAUGAAGAAAUAAUUUCGGAAGAGGAAGAGGAAGAGGAGGAAGAUGAAGAUGAAGAAGUAGAAAUAGAAAUAGAAAAUAUUACAUAUGAGGAUAAGAGUGAUAUCUUGUCUGCAUCAAGUGAGGAAGAUAAUGAGGAAGAAAAAAAUCCAAAUAAAACAAUUAAAAUAAAUAAAUUAUCUGUGAAAAUGAAUAAACCCAAUAUAAAUAUGAUAAAUAUACAUCAUUCUAUGGAUAUUUCAAAUAAAACUAUAGCAGAUAUCUCACCAGAAAAAUAUAACAAAACAAUUGAAAUAAAAGUUGAAAAAGAGAGUAAUAUGACAGUAUCAAAUAAGAAUAAGACAAUUAGUGAGAAAAUAGUUCAGAAACCAUGCAGUAGCAGCACUAUUCCAAGAAACGUAACAGAUUUGGAUAAAUCAUGUAGUAGUAACACCAUUCCAAGGAAUGUUGUGAUAGAUAAACCAUAUAGUAGCAAUAUUAGUUCAAGGAAUAUGACAGAUGUGGACAAAUCAUGCAGUAGCAACACUAUUCCAAGGAACGUUGUGACAGAUGUGGAUAAACCAUGCAGUAGCAACACUAUUCCAAGGAAUGUUGUGACAAAUAUAGAUAAACCAUGUAGCAGUACUAUUCCAAGGAACGUUGUGACAGAUGUGGAUAAACCAUGCAGUAGCAGUACUAUUCUAAGGAACGUUGUGACAAAUGUGGAUAUCAUUAGCAAGAAAAUAGAUCACAAACCAUGUAGUAGUAGCAGCAUUAUCCCAAGGAACAAUGUGAAAAAUGUUGUGGAUACUACUAGCGAGAAGGUUCAUAAACCAUGCAACACUAGUAGCAACACUAUUCCAAGGAACGAUGUAAAAAAUGUGGAUACUACUAACGAAGUUCAUAAAUUAUGCAGUGGCAACAUUACUUCAAGGAACUUCACGAACGAUGUGAAAAAUGUUGUGGAUAACGAAAGGCAAGAAGAUUCGCUAUCAGCGGCUUCUACAUCAAAUUACACAAAGGAUCUAGCAGAGGCCAAAGUGAAAGAUGAAUCCAAAGUUAUAAUAGAUCCUGCAACAAAGAAGAAUGUGGCAGCUAUGGUAACCAGCAUGGAAAACACAGCAGAAGUAGUAAUGAAAAAAGUUAUGAAUGAAGCAAUCGCGAAUAUGUCAAACAAUAAGCAACCGGAAGAUGAAAAGAAACCUCUACUGCGAGUGCGUUCAUUCGCUAAAUCUCCUAGGACUUGGCAAGAUAACCAACAUAAAACAGAUAAGACCGCCCCAAAAAAUGCGCCAAAGGUAGCAAAUCAAAUUAAAGAAAUUGUUGAUUUGACUAAUGAAGGAACGGUUAAACCUAUUGCUACCAAGUGUGCUGUACAACUUGGAAACAAAGUAGUUCCCAUAGUGAAACGUCACGCAGUGUUUCUACCAUCAAGUAGCAAUAUAAUUAGUGUCAAAAAUAUUACGAAUAAUUAUCUAAAAGUAAAUACGCGAACAGGCCAAAUUAUAGCACCUGUGCAUGAUAUUCGCACAAAAGGUACAAUAAUCCGACUGCCAGUUCAAACUACCAGUCAGAGUCAACUGCAAAACACGAAUGUAACAAACGAAAUAUCUUUGAAAGGAAAAACGGUUUUAAAAAUUGUACCUACGAAAUCGAUUAUUUUACCUAAGCCUUCUGCAGUGCAAUCCGUCUCCAAACAAGCGGAUAUAAGUUCAUCGACAACACAAUCCAAAUGACUCAAAUAUAUAAU